AUGGGCGGCGCUGGUGAGGGCUUUGACGUCCAAAAGUAUGGGGAUGGGCGCGUGGCCCUCAUCGUUGUGCUGCUGCUGCUGCUGCUGCUGCUGCUGCUGCUGCUGCUGCUGCUGCUGCUGCUGCUGCUGCUGCUGCUGCUGCUGCUGCUGCUGCUGCUGCUGCUGCUGCUGCUGCUGCUGCUGCUGCUGCUGCUGCUGCCGGCCGUCCUGGUGGAGCUGCUGCUCCCUUCUGGUGGUGGCGGCUUCCCUUCCGUUGGAAAGUCCUCCCUGCUGACCAUGCUGACCGGGACAGAGUCGGAGGCGGCCGCGUACGAGUUCACCACCCUCACGUGCAUUCCAGGGGUCAUCCACUACAACGACUCCAAGAUCCAGCUCCUGGAUCUGCCGGGGAUCAUCGAGGGCGCCGCAGAGGGCAAGGGCCGCGGGCGGCAGGUCAUCGCCGUGUGCAAGAGCGCGGACCUGCUGUUGAUGGUGCUGGACGCCACCAAGCCCUGGGGCCACAGGGACAUCCUCACGCGCGAGCUGGAGGCCGUGGGGAUGCGGCUCAACAAGUGA